CGCCACUUCCUCCAUUACUACUCCAUCGGUAUCCCACCUUCUCCGCUCCGUCACCAUUUUCGUCAGUUCGUCUCUGUCCUCACUUAUCUGUUAAAACAAGACUAAAAAAAAAGAAAAGAAAAAUUCAAACGAAGAGCUCCAUGGAAAUGCAUCAAAGCUCUCACUCACUCCUCCUCCUCCUCCUCCACCACCAUCUCUGACUCUUCCGAUCCGGUCGCCGUCCGUCAGUCUAACCGUCGACGCUCUUCCUCCCGUCAAACCCUAGGCGAAUCCGCCUCGGAUUCAAUGCUUCGCGUCCCGAUUACAGUCCUCGCCGCGAUUCGGGCCGAUUAGAGCGGGUGGGGUGGAGCAAUGGCGCUCGCUGAUUCGUCGGAGCUACUUCAGUCUCAGCUGGCCGCCACCGCCGAUGCAACUACUACUGCUACUACAUGGCUCGCGCUGCAUCCGAGCACUCUGACUGACGAGAUGACGGAGCAGGAGCUCACGGAAGUCGGAUGCAAGGAGUUCAGCGCUUCUAAGGUAAACGGUUUCUUCGUUUAUUCUCGCGUUAGGAAGAGUAGAGCAGAGGAGUGUGAUGCGAUGGCGGAGGAGGAAGCUCGGAGCAGCAAGAGGAUUAAGUGCUCAGCGGGAGAGAAUGGGGAGGUGGAGAUUGUGGAAGUUGAGAGUGAGAAUGGAGAACGAGGUAGGUGCGGUAUUGGAGGAACGUCGCCGUGGAAAGAUGAGCCGAGUGAGUCGACGGUCGAGGGAGUUGCGGCGAACGGCAGGGUGCGGAUCUAUGUCAGGAAAGGGUAUAAGGUGAAGAGGAACAACAAAAUGAGGAGGUUUACGCGUUCUUCUAUGAAGAAGCGUAAGGUAGAAGAGACGGUAGAAAUUGAGGUGCGUGGAUCGGAAUCCAUUGGCAACGGAUCAGUCUCGACGAUCAAUGUUGAGGCGAUUGGUGCCGGAGUGGAAGGGAGUGCAGUAGCGCCGCCGAAGAAGAAUUUGGAGCUGAAAAUGUCGAAGAAGAUUGCUCCGCAGAGUCUGCCGAUGACGGUGAAGGAGCUCUUUGAGACUGGUUUUCUCGAGGGAGUGCCCGUUCUUUACAUGGGUGGCAAGAAGUUUGAGGCAUUUGCUCUAAGGGGGAUAAUUAAGGAUGCGGGGAUUCUAUGCUUUUGCUCUAUCUGCAAUGGAGUCACAGUUGUUCCACCUUCACAAUUUGAGAUACAUGCUAUCAACCUAUACAGGCGCGCAUCUCAAUACAUUUGUUUUGAGAAUGGAAAGAGCCUGCUCGAUGUGUUGAAUGCAUGCAGAUAUUCUCCUCUUGAUUCAUUAGAAGCAACCAUUCAAGAAGCCAUUAGUGGUAGCCCUGUAGAGAGAACUUUCACUUGUAAAAGAUGUAAAGGUAGUUUCCCCUCAGCUUGUGUUGGCAAAAUAGGUCCACUUUGUAGUUCAUGCACGGAAACAAAGGCAUCUCAUGCCAUCCUAAAGUGCAAAAAGAGUAAAAGAUCCAGCUCUGUUGAACCUGUUCUCAAGUCAGAGUCUUCUAGAAGUGUGCUAACUACUACACCCUCACAAGAGAUCACUCCAAGCAAGGGGAAAAGAAAAGUAUCAGGCGCAAAACCAAAAGCAGAGAGAUCCAUGACUACUCCUGCUCGUGUCGCUUCAAUAAAAAAGAGCCAAUUGAAGAUAACUCCAAAGAAGUUGAUGCGGGAAUCGGCUGGAAAGCACUCCAGAAAUACCUUGUUGUCAACUAAUAAGAAGGAGCAACAGAAGAUCUCAAUGAGAGAUCAAAGGUUGCACAGACUGGUCUUUGAGGAGGAUGGAUUGCCUGAUGGAACUGAAGUGGGAUACUAUGCACGUGGCCGGAAAUUGCUGGCUGGUUAUAAGAGGGGCUUUGGAAUACUCUGCCAAUGUUGUAAUGCUGAGGUCAGCCCAUCACUAUUUGAAGCUCAUGCAGGCUGGGCUGCUAGGAAGAAACCAUAUGCAUACAUUUACACAUCAAAUGGUGUGUCUCUCCAUGAACUGGCGAUAUCUCUCUCCAAGCGUCGCAAGUACUCUGCCAAGGACAAUGAUGACCUCUGCAUUGUAUGUGCAGAUGGUGGGAAUCUGGUGCUUUGUGAUGGAUGUCCUCGGGCCUUUCAUAAAAACUGUGCAUCUUUGUCGAGUAUUCCCCGUGGCGACUGGUAUUGCCAUUACUGUCAGAACAUGUUUGAAAAGGAAAAGUUUGCUGCACAUAAAGCCAAUGCUCUUGCUGCUGGAAGGAUUCUGGGUGCUGAUCCAAUAGAAGAAAUAGCACAGAGAUGCAUUCGUAUUGUGAAAAACAUAGAAGCUGACCUUAGUGGAUGCGUGUUAUGCAGAGGUUAUGAUUUCAGCAGAUCGGGGUUUGGUCCACGCACAAUCAUAAUUUGUGACCAGUGUGAGAAGGAAUUUCAUGUUGGCUGUUUGAGGAGUCACAAAAUGGCCAAUCUAAAGGAAUUGCCGAAAGGAGAAUGGUUUUGUUGCUCGGAGUGCAACAGCAUUCAUUCUUCUCUGCAGAAGUUGUUAAGUCGUGGUGCUGAGACACUCCAAGACUCUGUUUUGAAUGUUAUGAAGAAUAAGUACGUGGAGAAAGGCUUGGGAACCACUGAGAAUUUUGAUGUUAGAUGGCGAGUGGUUAGUGGAAAAUUUGCUUCCCCUGAAAAUAAGCUGUUGCUGUCUCAAGCUCUGGCGAUAUUCCAGGAAUGUUUCGACCCCAUUGUAGAUUUAACAACUGGCCGUGAUCUGAUUCCAUUAAUGGUCUAUGGGAAGAACUCCAAAGGCCAAGAUUACGGUGGAAUGUAUUGUGCACUACUAACAGUCAACUCUUUCGUUGUGUCGGCUGGAAUACUGAGAGUUUUUGGACAAGAAGUUGCCGAGCUUCCUUUAGUCGCGACUAAUAAAACUAACCAUGGCAAGGGAUACUUCCAGUUGCUAUUUUCGUGCAUCGAGAAGCUGUUAUCGCUCUUGAAUGUGCAGAACCUCAUCCUCCCUGCCGCGGAGGAAGCAGAAUCCAUAUGGACCCAUAAAUUCGGUUUCCAGAGAAUCGAACCAGACCAGCUAAUCAUGUACCGAAAGAACUGCUGCCAGAUGGUGUGCUUCGAAGGGACGGCAAUGCUGCACAAACCAGUUUCCUCCACCGAUUGUCGAAUCCUUGACCAAAGUAGUAGUAAAGAGGUGGUCUCAUGAAGAAGUGGAGUGAGUUCAUUAUCAUUGAUUUUUAUCUUGUAAAGGGUGAAAUGAGCUUAUUAGCCAGCUUUUCAUGUCCAUCAAAUUUUAUUGGUAAUUUUCAGGAUGUAUGUUGACUUGACUUGUUUAAGUGUAUAGACUUAGGAUCAUUUAGGGGGAGGGGGAGCAGUACAUAGUUGACCAAUGACUACUAAAGAGACUCCUUCCCUACCUAUAUCGGAACGUAGAGCACACCCUAAAACAGAAGCUUUGCUUCCACUUUUAGCUCAGUUCAUGUAUUCAAAGUUCUUAAUAUGCUUCCCUUGUAGAAUUUGUGACGAGAUCUGAAUCUCGUGAAAAAUACGAUGGCCGAAACUGCUUGUGAGCUAUAACCCUCGCCUUCAUGAGGAUUGCAUCAAGUUGGAUUUUGGCGAGUCUAUUACAUCACUAGUUUCUGGUUUAGGUUUUAGGGUUUACGGUCUGAAUUAAAUGUACCAUGAGAUGAUUCUGAGCUAGAGUCCACUAUGCUUAAUGACCAAAGACGACACACAGUUGUCGUACGAACUCGAUCGAGUGUAAGGAUCUCUUACAACAAGAGCUUGUUUAGGGGUAGACUCUACUUUGCAUCUUUUAUGAGAGAGUUCACGCUGAUCUAUCUAAUAGCUAGUUCAUAUCGUACAAUUGUUAUCCCAUAAUCAUCCCUAAUCAUUUCGUUUGUUAUCCCCUCAGCAAGCAAUGAGAAAUAUAUGAGCCAGCCACCACCGGCCAAAAUUCAAAGCACUAACUCACCUUGUUGAAAAUUCUAAUGGCAGAGGAAGGAGAUUAGCCAUUCUUUCCUUCACAACUUUCUCCCUUCAUCAUUGUGUACAUCUCCUAAGCAAGAUCUCUCUUUUCUCUCUUCACCUUAGCGUAUGCAUUCAUCUUCCUUCCAUUGCAUUUCACAUGCCCUCCCUUCUUUCCUCUGCCUUUUUCAGCCUCCUUUUCAUCCUCCACCAUCACUUUCCCAUAUUAAGAAACCCAAUAACAACAAGGAAACAAAAGGGCAAAAUGUGUGUGAGAGAGAAAGAAAGAGAGAGAGAGAGUCCCAUGCCCACAAUUUUGACAUAGUCCCCUCCCUAAAUGGUCAAAAUAGAUUCUGGACGAGUAACAAAUUGGUCGUUGAACUUUCAUUGUUAACAAAUUUGUCGACGGAAGUUGGAAUGAUGAUCACAUCAUCCAUCUUGAUAAGCUUUUUAGUUCGUAUUGUCCAGAUCAACACGUCAAAUCUCUCAAAUCAAUACAAAAAAUGUCGUGCAAGCAGUUGUUAGUGUUGUGGUAUAUGAUCCACGAUUGAACCUCUCCCAACAACUCGAGUUAUUGGGAGCAACUGGUUCUUGACAUGGUAUCAGAGCCUUGUGUGACCGAGAGGUCUUGUGUUCGAUUCCCGGUGACCCCCAUUUGUUAAGCAUAUGGUAUUCUUGUCUUCAGACCUGUGCAAACUUCAAGCCCUUGUGAGUGGCUUUCGUUUGAUGGGGCGUGUUAGUGUUGUGGUAUAUGAUCCACGAUUGAACCUCUCCCAACAACUCGAGUUAUUGGGAGCAACUGGUUCUUGACAGCAGUAACUUGAACGAAUUAGCACAACUGAUUUGGACAAGUGGGACGAAAAACUCGACGAUUAUGGAUUUGAUUGACAAUUCCAGAACUUCAGUGACCAUUGGAGUAAACUUACCCUUUAUCU